UAAUUUUUGCUCAUGAAAAAAGAAGAAAUGAAAUAUGAAAAUGAGUCUUCAAAAAAAUUUGCAUAUUAUGGGAGGUGUUAAAGAUCAGGAUAAUAAAAUCUAAACACACAAACAAAGAAACAGAAGAUUCAGAAGAGAAACACACAAACUCAAGAAAAUGGCUCAAACUCUAUAUUUUAGACUUCUUUUCAUCGCUCUCUGUUCAUUAUCUGAAUGCAUUCAGCGCCGCUAUUAUCAUAUAAACACAGAGAUGAACUGGACUGAAGCUCAGAGAUACUGCAGAGAAAACUACACAGAUCUGGCCAAAGUCAAAAACAUCAAUGACCAGAAUCAGCUGAUGAAGAGUGUGAAAAUCAAUCUGAAUUCAGGUGUCUGGAUUGCGUUGAAUAGAUCAAGUGUUUAUAAAUGGAAGUGGUCUCAGGGUGAUCCUGUGAAAUAUACAAACUGGUAUAAUGGAGACUCAAAUGGUCAAGAUCAUUGUGCUUACAUGAGCGAUGGAUCAUGGCGUCAUCAGGACUGUAAAGUGAACAUGAGAUUCAUCUGCUACAACGAGAGCAGUAAAGGAUUCAUCAUUGAUGGUUCUUCAGUAUCAUGGAGAGCCGCUCAGAACUUCUGCAGAAAACAUCAUACUGAUCUGAGCAGUGUGAGGAAUCAGACUGAGAAUCAAAAGAUUCAGAAGAUCAUGAAAGACAAAAACAUAUCUAAAGUCUGGAUUGGUCUGUUCAGUGAUUCGUGGGAGUGGACAGAUGAGAGUGACUCUGGAUUCAGAUACUGGGUGUCUGAUCAACCUGAUAAUACUGGUCAUACUGAAGAUUGUACGGUGGUCAGAACUUUUCAGGAGGGUCAGUGGAAUGACUUGAAAUGCAGUGAAUCUCGCACCUUUGUGUGUCAAGAAGAUAGUCUGAUAUUGAUCCAGAAGAAUCUGAGCUGGUCUGAUGCUCUGAUAUACUGCAGAGAGAAUCACGUGGAUCUGGUUUCAGUUGAUUCAGAGGAGAUUCAGUUCAUGGUGACAGAUGUGAUUGAUCAGGCCUCUACUGACGCCGUGUGGAUGGGGUUACGUCACUCCUGUGCUGUUGGUCUUUGGUUUUGGGUGAAUGGAGAGAUGCUGUGCUAUCAGAAUUGGGCUCCAGGGAAUGAAACCGCAGUGGACGACUGUGACCAUGAAGUGAAAUCUGGAGCAGUUCAGUCUGGAGGAGAUCCUCGCUGGAUCAGCAUUCCUGAAUCUCGCAAACUCAACUUCAUCUGCAUUAGAAAGGAAAAAAUAAAUUUGGAAAAAUAAUUUGUGUCUAUCACUUUCUUUGUUCUUUGUAAAAUUGCUUCCUUUUUUUUGGUUCUUUAGCAUUAGGGUCCAUUAACCUAACCACAUAUUCCAGAUUAAACAUUAUGCCUCAUUUUUGAAUCAUUUAUGUAUGUUAAAAUAUAUUUUCUAUGUUAAUCUCCUGACACAAUUUAUUUUCUUAUGUUUCUUUAACAACUGUUGAAUUAUGUGAAAUGAAUGUGUUAUAUUUUGGGAUUGUGUAAACGUUCAUGAUAUUUACUCAUUAGAUGUGUCACUUCUGUUCUGUUUAAUGUGUGAUUAAUAAAGAUUAUGAGCUCAUAUCAGAGUUAAAUGUGAUUUAUUUCUGGAUCUUAAGUGAAUCAUAUGAGUUUGUAGAUUCAUUUGAUUCUUCUCUUUAGAAUCGUUCAGUUGAAUCUCUGACACAGAAUUUCCUGAUCGUGUAAUGAAAUAUAGUGAAGGUCGAGUUUCAUUCAUGUGUUGACUUAUGUAAAAUAAUGAUGAAUAAUAUCAGCUCAUAAUAAACUCAUCCAACAUUUUAUAAAGUAAAGGUCGAGAGUCCAACUAAAGCAAACACUGAUUAUCAUAAGUGUCAGGUUUUGUGUUUUAUGUUAAUGUCACAGUCUUUUAUUUUAAGUUGUUUGUCAUUUUGCAAUCCUUAGUUUAUGGUCUGGUUUUUGUCAUGUUUAAU